AUGUUCUCACCUCUUUUGACCCCAUCGUGGAAGCUAGCGUUAACUUAUCAACUCAGAAUGCUUGAUGAACGUUCCCUUGACAUAAUCUCCAGGUUCAAAAGUGCGGUACUCACCAAGGUAAAUGCGAAUGAGAACACGCCAACAAUCACAUCUCUGAACCGAGGGAAGAAACUUCUGUCAAAUAGGAGCAAGGGGGAAACCCUCACGUCCAAGAUAGUUGAAUACAACGGGUCAAACCGUCUAGUAUUCACGAACGAUAUUAUAGAACGUUCAAGCUAUCGCAACAAACGCCGGUGGCUGGACUUUUAUGGUUCUGAGGUUGGAAAUGUCAGUUCGGAUGACGCCUUCUCUGAUUCGGACCAUGAGUCGGGCUUUUCAGACGUUGAAGAGAACGAAGGGGAUGACAACCCUUUCAAAAAAUUGAAGCUAAGCGAGAUAUUAGCCCCAUUGGCGCAUCCUUCCGAAGUUGUCACACAUCCUGCCGUCUCCAAAACCUACAAACUGACUUGCUUACCAGGAAUCGCUUCCGAUCUCAUUGAUCUCAUCGAGCUGGAGCAAAAUACUCUUAAUCACUUCAAUAAGCUUUUGAGGGUACUCAACGGCGAAGACUGGUUCUUUAUUCUUGAAGACAGCCUUGGUCUACCGGAUUAUGACCAUGGCCUCGACGAGCAAGCAGUUAGGAGUACACCGGAUGCAGAUGGCGACUUUAUUGAAGGUGAUACCACAAGGGAGCCGCUGGAUCGGCAAGAAGAGAUGGUCAAACAACGUAUGGACAAGGCGCUAAAAGAGAAUGGAUAUAAGGUGGAGGAUCCGUUCUUUGCUCUUCCCAAGAGUUUGGCCAGAUACGAAGCACACCAAAGGAAGCUCCUCGAAGAAGCACCCUUUGAAAGUAGCGACAAAGAAGAACAAAUCCAGCAAGAUCUCAUAAAUUAUUUACAGUUGAGUAUUCAGCGCCAGCAGGAGUACAUCAAGAACCUUACCACUAUCCGAAACGGUAUUGUCAAGGCAGAUAGAUAUCGCAACGAUAUACAUAGAUGGGGCAAGGAAAUGGGUGAAAGGAAGAAUUGA